AUGGGCUCACCUCGCGGGCCUGAUUCUGGCCGACCCGGACUUCUUAGCAGCAAACCCGGUGGACAUUCUCCUCGGAGCCGAUGUCUACAUCACCAUCCUCAAACCGGGAUUGAGGAAGGCCGUGGUCAACCUGGCGCCCAAGAGACAACUUUAGGGUGGAUACUCUCCGGGCAAGUCGGCUCGGCCGAGCCUCCCGCCCGCGCGUUAACAUUACAAUGCAAAAAGGAUGAUGACCUUACCUGCCUGGUGAAGAACUUCUGGCAGCAGGAGAAACUGCCCGCCGGCCCAGCGCCUCUCACUCCCGCCGAACAGGAGUGUGAGGAUCUGUACCGGACAACACACAGCCGACAAGCUGACGGCCGCUACGUCGUGCGGCUACCAGUGGUUGCUUCACUGCCCGACUUUGCUACUACGAAGCGCGCCGCCUUACGCUGUCUUGUCGGCAUAGAAGGACGGUUUGCGCGUGACAAUCGACUGCACCGACUCUACGUCGAUUUUCUGAGAGAGUAUGAAGCCUUGAACCAUAUGACCCGUGCUGACACCGCGAAGGGGAAACGCGUCAGCUACCUGCCUCACCACGGAGUCCUGCGCGAGGCGAGUUCGACGACUAAGCUGCGCGUAGUAUUCAAUGGCUCCACGACGACUAUCUCCGAUGACUCUCUUAACCGGAGCCUUCUGGUGAGACAGGACCUGCUGCCUCCCCUCGCCGAGUUGCUCCUUUGA